AUGAACUCUCCGCAACAUGACGGCGAGCCCGUUCAGCCAUCUACACCUCCCAGCGAGACGCGAGCUGGAAACAGCAGUUGGCAUCUAAAGACCCCAGUUAGCACGCAUCAGACCAAACAUCACUUGCAUACUCCAUACACUCCGCAUCCUAGUACAAAGAAACAGACUCUGGGGUCGAAUGUCGGCUCCUCUCCUGUUUCGUACAGGUCCAGAGGAUCGCAGCAAUUGCAGACACCGGACCAGACGCCACGGAUCAGUCGUCGCAAAGACGUGAAUGAGUCGAUUGUUUCCAAGAUCAACGGGCCCGGUGCCAUAUUCCCCAUGGCCGCGUCCACGGUGGGGUCUGGACGCAAGUCUCUUGUUGGAGGUCCCAAACUGGAGAAUGCGCAGCUUGAUCUGAGCAAAUCGUACAAGAUCGAUUUAGAAGAGGACUUACAAUACUCAUCAGAGGAAGAGACGGCCGAUCAGCCGCAUCGCUUGACGAAAGUGACAAAGAAGCUGGAUUUCGGAUCGGUGGAGUUUGCCAUGCCGUCGACGCCUGCUAAACAGGUGACGACGCAGGAGCAGGCCUACAAGAUGCACAUAGCCCCACAUACAAGUGACAAAGACGACGGAGAACGCUUUAUCCGUCGUCGUUCGUUCAGUAACCCGUUCUUGGAGACCGGGGAUAGCACCCGUGCCAAAGAACCUGUUGAUUUCUCGCGGUUUGAGGAAGAGAUGGAGCUAGUGAACAACAAGACGGGACAGAAGAUUGUGCGCAAACUCACCGACUACGAGAAGUCGAUCAAGCCACGUAAGCUGGACUUCAGCAAGGCUGUGGAAGAGGUGGAGGCGCCAACCACACCUCGCAAUAAGGUCCAGAUCGGACCAUUUGCUCAACAGACUCACAAUUUCGACAUUGAGGACGGAGAGGUUAUCCGCAAGGAGAAGAUUGUGAAUCCAUUCAAAGGCCCGUCAUUUUCCUCUGCCAAGAAAGCCGACAAAGGUAAAUCUGAAGCAAGUGCUGCCACGCUGCAAUAUGUGGACCACGACGGGAAAGUUGUGGGUCUUGGCGAAGAGAAAACAAGAUUAACAGGGCGCAGGCUUAAUUUUGAUUCGGACUGA